AUGGCUCUUUCAGAGAAUGCCUUACGCAGCACCUAUUUCAACAGUUUAGCUACACGAAUAGAUAAAAACCUACGGAUAUAUGAGGAGCUGUCUCGACUAGUGACUGAUUCCGAGCGCUGUGUAGACGGAAGCAUGACUGGUGGGAGCACUGCGUCUCUCACACGCAAGCAGCCAGGACCAUCUAUUUUAUCACAACAGACAGCUACUGCUGCAGAUCUAAAGGAGAUGAGAAAUGCUAUCAAACGGCGGCAGGUGAUGCAUCGAAAUGCCUUAACAAAGUCUAUCAUCGAUGAGGGCAGAGCCGCGUAUGAAACAGGGAGCAGCGCCCAUCUGACAGUGGCUGGUUCUUCUUCUCCAAUGCGUGCUAUCCACAAGCCACGGCCACUCCCUCAACACAUUGAGAAGUUUCUUUCAGAUGAGAUCAAACAGACAACUACCACGGCUGACGCAGCCGAUGAGGUGUCCUAUUUAUCGGAGGAUGAGGCAGCAGAGAAGAAGGAGAGGCUUAAACACACACUGAAUCGCGUGGCAGAGAUCAUUGACACUGCAGAAGUUAAUGGUGAGGUGAGCACAGAUCCAGAUAUUAUUCUAGCAAAGUUCUAUCACGAGGACCCAUAUGUUUCUAAUGUAAAGUUGAUUAUGGACAGUUACAACACUAAACAGACAUCUACGCAGAAGCCUCAGGACCAAGCACACAGUAGCCGCAAAAAAACGGAGCAGCGUGUUAAAUCUGUAGAAGACCGUAUUGCUGACGUCAUCUCUGUGCGAGAAAAUCAAUUAGUUUCUAUCAUAAGCUCCGCCUGCUCCGCUCCAUCUGUUCGCAACAGACAAGGGGGUAAUGUUUGCUCCAUAGAUAGAGAUUGGAAGGAGUUCUAUAACUAUCAAGGUGCUAGCAACUUUGCCAAAAAGCCUGAUUUCCCUGUAUCUGCACCAACGGUCAAUUCAGCAAAGAAUGAAAUAAUGGCAACUGCACUCGCACGGGGGCAUGCUACAGCCAGUAAGAAAAGCUUGUGGAUUGCACCUCUACCUCAUCAGCCUGUUAGUAACUCAACUCAACAACCACUUUGCAAGCAUCUUGAAGAAGCCCCACCUAUUACUGAACCGCUCGGUUCAGCGCUUGACCACGGGAAGAAGCGAGCAUGGAGGUGUUUGCGGCGUCACGAGAAAGCGCUAAGAGACCAGUUGGCCACUCCGAAUAGUGGCCUCAGUGAUCGUAUUAUCAAAGAACUAACCGCCGAAAUUUCAGAAAAGAGUGCAGAAAAUGCCUCGCUGGCACGAAACCUCAUAAGUAGUGGGAAUCUAAAGAGCCUUACUGACAUAGCUCGUUCUCAGAAUCCCAUGAUCAACUCCCAAUUACUUAAGUCUCGUCACUCCAACAGAGUGGCACAGCUUCGUGAAGACGCAGAGGGGGGUUCUGAUGAUAGCGAUUUGACGAUAAUGAACAGUGCUGUGAUGCGAGGAAUGCCUACAGAUAGCUCCUUUUCAGAAUCUGCCCCUGCCAUUUCUCUCACAGAGUCAGAGACACCUCAGCUGAGCUCUCUACAGAUCAAUAGCAUUCAUAUCCAUGAUCGAAAACGUUUUGCAAAGCAACCCAUUAGCACAGGCUUUAAGCUACACACAAAGAAGAUGACAAAGAGCAUAGAAAUGGCUGACGACGAAACACUCUUCGAUGUGGUUAUUCCGGACAACAGAUAUGAUGCCAAAAACGAGUUCAACUUUCUGUCCAAGGAUGACAUAAACAAAUACAAAAAGAUCCUUAUUUAUAUUCACAAUAGUGAGCUUUUGGAAAAGCUUGAACAGGCAAAGUCGAUGGAGGAUUAUGAGCAGCACAUAAAAGAGUAUAAGGAUACGACUACGCGAACCGCAUCUCCUCCAAAGCAAGAGGAUGACUUCUCCUCAAUACUGAGAAUCAUCAUGCCUCAAGAUAGGAUGCAAACCUUUGCCGCAUAUUCUGCCCUCAGUUCCAUGGAUACUGCUUCCUACAAGAAGGAGGUCGUGCAUCGGCUAUUAAAUGUGAAGAAGGCAAUUACAAGGAGCAACCUUAAAAGCAAUGAUAGCAAACUGAACCUCUAUGAAUCUGCAAAGGCAAUCCUGCAACCACUUCUUCAGACAAGACUGGCUGCCAGAAAGUAUCCGGAGGACCGUGUGCCCCUGUCAACAGGACGGUCCGAGAUGCGCUUACAGAAGUGUGUCCAAAGGAAGCUUUGGGAUGCCAAGGAAAUAGAAGGUAUGUAG